GGCGUUCAAUGCCGUGCUUCACUCAAACAAAAUGUAGAAUGUCUACGAGUCUAGGCGGUCCAGGAGUUUCCGGACUCCUCUGACUCCUCGCCGCCCAGGGUACAUUUCUAUCGAAUCCUUAAUGGGGCAGAUGCUCGCCACUUGCGCAGCGCAGGUGUCACGAGUUUCCAAUCCCCUUAAACUCGGAUGCAAACUUCUACAGACUACUCUGGGCUCCAGCAUACGUGGAUCGAUAUGUUUUGAAUACCAGGCCUUGGCGGUGAGCCGUCUCCGUUUCUCUCCGUUCAACAUUCGACUUUGCUGUGUCAGGAAAACGCAUUCUUUCGAGGAUUCCAAGGUUGCUCUUGUCGUCGUCACUACUCAUGUGAAUGAUCCACGACGACGUCAGGCGUUUCGGACUGUUACUCCGUUUACUCCGUCUUCACACCCCGUGGUUCCACCAGUUUCUCUAACGACGGAGUGUUCGUCCGUUGUGAGACUAUGAGACCUCUCGAACCUUCAUAUUCAGUGCUUCGAGGGGACUGUAGCACCACUCCAUUUGUUCGGAGCCGUGCACGCUUGGACAACGAGCCGCACUUCGGAAUAUAUUCGACUCUUGGGAUGCAUGCUUUUAGACAUCGGCUCUACAAACACAAGCUGACCUCGAACUUGACCUUCCUAUGUCUUCGUUAUCUUCAAUCCUUCCAUAUGCACUACCGACACCUUGUUGUCAUUGUUCUCAUCUCGACAUUCAGCUUGUAAUCUUGUACGUCCCUACUUUGUCAAGCUGACCAAGGUAAAACUUUAGAGUCGUGGAAUGCCAUCACAUUUCAUCUACUCUCUGGAUCUCUUGCUCCAUUUGCUCAUCUACCGGUCCCGUCAAUUAAUUCCUAUCAGCCAAUCAGCCAAUCUUGUGCGAUACGUCGGUCCCAGCUCUCCGAUUUCUCCGAACACAAUUUCAAGCCCUGCAAUAUAACUUCAUAUGCGCC